AUGGUCGCCUGUCGCAGGCUGUUCGAUCGGUACCCGGAGACGAAGGCCAAGUUCCCGCGGCUCAACACCAGCUCGCCGGAGGUCAUGCGCUCGUCGGCGCGGGUGCGCGCCCAUGCCGGCCGCGUGGUCACCUCGCUGGGCUCGAUCAUCAGCGCCCUGGACGACCUAGAGGUGGUCGACGAGACCAUCUUCCUGCUGGGCGAGAGUCACAACCGGCGUAAAGUCGAGGCAGAGGAUUUCCAGAAAUUUUCGCGGGUGUUCCUAGACUACCUCAAGGACACAUUGGGCGAGACCUACACAUCAGACUCGGCCGAAGCCUUCACGAAGCUGAUGGGGGUGUUCAACAAGAAGAUGAGCCUCCACCUGGAGCAGUAGACGGAGGAGUCGACGCGCUCAGCAGUCACCGCAGUCAUCGCGAACGCGAACGCCAUCGCGAACCCACUCGAACGCGGUCGCGCCGGUCGCACCAGGAUCGCCCCCACCUCUGCCGGCCCACGCGGGUUCUCGACCGGCCCGCCGGGGUCCUCGACUGGUCCUCUGAGCCGCUGAGCGGUCCAGCAGGACAGCCGGCACGGGCGCCCGCUCCGAGAGCGCUGCAGCUCCCAUGCGUACCCGCUCCCAGCCGGAGCUGCUGAGCUAGUUUGAGCAGAGCUGAGCCGAGCGGGCUCAGAUGGCUCCUGCAUGCAGCUCGCCGCCAGACGCCGCCGCCACUGAUGCGCGGGCGUUUGGAAGCUCAAUACUGGUACUGACGUCAUUAUCUGUAUACCGCUUUGAAUACACUGUAUGCAAAUGA